AUGUCGGGACGCCGGUGUCGCCACGCGGGCCCUCCUGGAGCUGCCGCCAUGGCCCAGGCUCUGCUCUUCCUCCUGCUCCUCGGCCUGGGGGGCAGCGCCCUCGCUGCCGUCCCCCCCGGGCCGGGUGACGAUGACCAGGCUGUGGCGCAGGCACUGCUGGCGCAGCUGGCAGAGCACAUCCCGCCGCAAGCCCUGCCGGUGCGCGGGGUCUCAUGCCAGGACCUGCGCCCUGAGGCCCUGCCCGGCUUCGCCCAGCUCCCGCUGCUGCCCCGUGCCCUGGCCCGUGCCGCCAUGGCCCUGGCGCUGAGUGGGGUUGCCUGCGGGCCCCAGGCCGAGGCGGAGGUGCUGGGGCUGUCCCGGGAGCUGGGUCCCCCCAUGGCUGCGGCGCUGCUGUGGGGGCUGGUGCGUCUGCAGGGCUCCCCGGCCCCCGAGGCCCUGCCUCUCCUCCUCAGCCUGGUGCAGCCGGGGGGGUCUUCCUUGGCAUGGCCCUGCGCGGCACCCACCCGGCUCCAGGGCCCUGUGGCCGGCACCCACCCCACCCCGCCCAGGGUGCCAGUCAAGGGGCCCUUGGGCGAGGGGGUCCGGGUGCUCCCAGGGGCCAGGGCCCAUGCCUGGCUGCGUGUGUGCCGCCAUGCCGCCCGGCACCAGUCCCGGCGCCGGCGGGAGAACGAGGACGCCUGCAACCCGCCGGGGGAGUGGGAGGCCCACAGCGUGCUGGAGUGGGUGCCGGGCGUCAGCACCUUCUACAACCUGGGCACCAGCCUCUACUACGCCUUCCAGGGCUGCGAGGCCCUGGCCUCCACGCGGGCCCUGGAGGUCGCCGAGGACCUGGGCUACGCCGGCCUGGCCGCCCUCACCGCCGCCGCCGGCGGCCCCGUGGCCCUGGGGCUGCAGCUGGGCCUGCAGCCAGGACUCAAGGCCGGGGUUCGGGCGCUCAUCAGCUACUUCACCUCGGACGGGGACCCCCCGCCAGCGCCCACAGCCCACAGCGGCCCCGUCCUCAUCAUCUGA